CUUCUCAGUGGAAUCUGGACACCCUGGCCUUCCAGGAACUCAAGUCGGAGUUGACCAAGGUUCCGGCUUCCCAGAUCUUGGAGAGUCCCUCUGGCCCUCCCAGGAGUGACGAUGACGGCUGUGGAGAACUGGUUUGGGUAGGAGAGCCUGUCACCCUGAGGACCGCAGAAACAAUCACCGGCAAGUACGGCGUGUGGAUGAGAGACCCCAGGCCCGCCUUCCCCUACACGCGGGAGACCACGUGGAGGAUCGACACGGUGGGCACAGACAUCCACCAGGUCUUUGAGUACAGCCUCAUCAGCCAGUUCGUGCAGGGCUACCCCUCCAAGGUGCACGUGCUGCCCCGGGCGCUGGAGAGCACCGGUGCAGUGGUGUAUGGGGGGAGCCUCUAUUUCCAGGGCGCCGAAUCCAGAACCGUGAUCAGGUACGAGCUGAACACGGAGGCAGUGAAGGCGGAGAAGGACAUCCCGGGGGCCGGCUACCACGGACAGUUCCCGUACUCGUGGGGCGGCUACACAGACAUUGACUUGGCUGUGGAUGAGACGGGCCUGUGGGUCAUCUACAGCACUGAGGAGGCCAAAGGAGCCAUCGUCCUCUCCAAACUGAACCCGGAGAGCCUGGAGCUGGAACAGACCUGGGAGACCAACAUCCGUAAGCAGUCAGUCGCCAACGCCUUCGUCAUCUGCGGCACCUUGUACACGGUCAGCAGCUACUCCUCGGCCGAAGCCACUGUCAACUUUGCUUAUGACACGGGCACAGGGGUCAGUAAGACCCUGACCAUCCCAUUCAAGAACCGCUACAAGUACAGCAGCAUGAUCGACUACAACCCCCUGGAGAGGAAGCUCUUUGCCUGGGACAACUUCAACAUGGUGACCUAUGACAUCAAGCUCUCCAGGAUGUGAGGAGCCCCCAGCCCUGCCAGCAAAGGCAGGAGGAGAGAAUGCUCAGGGCUCCAGAGGGGGGUGGGCUGCUGGGACCGCCGUCCAUGCAGAGCCAGCACUUCUCCUGCUCCCUCGAUGCAGGAGACCGCGUGAACCACCACGGCAGGCAGGGUAGCCAUCUGAGGGCUGAGACAACUGUGUAGUAGGAUAGGUAUUCUUUUCUUCUGUCGGCUUUUAAAGGGAUGCUUGUCCAAGAUAGUUCAAGGUUUCUGUAGAUUUGGGGCAAGAGCUCAAAGGCCUGGUGGUUUCUUCAUAAAACCAUUACUCUCGAAAGUUGCACGGCUUCCUAAGCCAUGAUAACAGCAGCACUUCUAAAAGAAGAGAAAUAGCCCCGUGGCCUGCACUGAACUUACGUAAGAAGUGUUUACUACCACUGGCUUCUAAUGCUUCAGGAAGAAUUCAGUUGCGUAUUCUAUAACCCUUGCCUUGGAAAAUAAAAUGAUCAUAUAUGAC